AUGGGUGCUAACGCUGAGACCGUGUAUCGCGACAAGCGCGGCCGGAAGCUAGACAUGCUCAACGAGAUGGUUCGUCAACAGGAGGUUUUGGAUGGUAAGCGCAAGCGUGAAGAGCGGGAAGAGUACGAGUGGGGUACAGGUGAAGUACAGAAGCGAGAGCGAAAGUCGCAACACGAAUUGCUGGAGCAGAUGAAGAAGACCCCGUUCGCCAGGCAUGAAGACGACGAAGAGCUUGAUCGGAAGCGACGGGAGCGCGUGCGUGCCUUUGACCCAAUGAACAGCAAGGUGUUCCAGGAGGACCCACUUGCGGAGGGCAAAACGAAGACGAAGAAGAGUAAGAAAGACAAGAAGAGCAAGAAGAAGCCGAGAUAUGCUGGUCCUCCUGCCCCGCCCAACCGCUUCGGAAUCCAGCCAGGCUAUCGCUGGGAUGGAGUUGUGCGAGGUACCAACUGGGAGGAAAAGAUCAUGAUGCGGCAGAACGCGAACGCUGCAGUUAGCGAGGAGGCCUACAAAUACGCAGUUGCAGACAUGUAA